AUGACGCGUGCGCUAGCUGCCAUCAAGCCGGUCUCGUUGAAGACCUUGGUAAAAUACAUGCGUCACGCUGCAAGCAAGGUGGGGUCACGCAUUUCGACGGAUAUGGGAAACCAGUUCGGCCUCAUAUGGAAGGUCCAACUCCAUCUGGGAGGCCUUGUAAACAUGAAGAAAGCUUACAACCUCUCGGGGUUCAACUUAAAACGCAAGCACGAUGAUGAUUAUCACGGCGACUUCAACACGGAACAAUUUGAGAGGUGGUUCGCGAAUCUGAGUGCUAUCUUGGCGUCCAAAGCUACUGAGCUUGCCAGUUUGCACGGACACCUGGUCUACUAUACGCCGCCGUAUCACCCUGAAUUGCAACCAAUGGAGCUGAUAUGGGCGGAUAUCAAAGGCCGGAUUGCCGACAAUCCAGCGUCUACUAUGCCUGAGCGCUCUAAAAUCGACGAGGGUUUUGCGCUGCUCUCGGCGAAUACGUGGUUAAAUGCAUACAGUCACGCACAAAAAUACGAAACAAGCAACCAGGACGCCGAAGAUAAUUACGCCAUUGAUGAGAAUGAAGCUGUAGCUGACUAG